CGUCGAGCUCGCCGCGGACCCAAGAUGGCGGCGUGUGGACGUGUACGGAGGAUGUUCCGCUUGUCGGCGGCGCUGCAGCUGCUGCUGCUCGCCGCGGCCGGGGCCCAGAAAUACCUGAGCCAGGGCGGCCACAGCCAGGGCCAGGGCCCGGGGGCCAAAGUUAUUUCCUUCGUAGGGCAGCCUGGAGGCGGCGGGGCAGGGGGUCAGCAGCCGCCUCAGGCAUCUCAGCUCCAGCAGCAGCAGCAGCAGCAGCAGCAACAGCAACAGCAACAGCAACCGCCUCAGCCACCGCAGCAGCUUUUCCCGGCGGGUGGGCCUCCGGCCCGGCGGGGCGGAGCGGGGCCCGGCGGGGCAGGCGGCGGCUGGAAGCUGGCAGAGGAAGAGUCCUGCAGGGAGGACGUGACCCGUGUGUGUCCCAAGCACACCUGGAGCAACAACCUGGCGGUGCUCGAGUGCCUGCAGGACGUGAGGGAGCCUGAAAAUGAAAUUUCUUCAGACUGCAAUCAUUUGUUGUGGAAUUAUAAACUGAACCUAACUACAGAUCCCAAAUUUGAAUCUGUGGCCAGAGAGGUUUGCAAAUCUACCAUAUCAGAGAUUAAAGAAUGUGCUGAUGAACCAGUUGGAAAAGGUUACUUGGUUUCCUGCUUGGUGGAUCACCGAGGCAACAUCACUGAGUACCAGUGUCACCAAUACAUUACCAAGAUGACAGCCAUCGUUUUCAGUGAUUACCGUCUAAUCUGUGGCUUCAUGGAUGACUGCAAAAAUGACAUCAACAUUCUGAAAUGUGGCAGCAUUCGCCUUGGAGAAAAGGAUGCACAUUCACAAGGUGAGGUGGUAUCAUGCUUGGAGAAAGGCCUGGUGAAGGAAGCAGAAGAAAGAGAUCCCAAGAUUCAAGUCUCCGAACUCUGCAAGAAAGCCAUUCUCCGGGUGGCUGAGCUGUCUUCAGAUGACUUUCAUUUAGACCGGCAUUUAUAUUUUGCUUGCCGAGAUGAUCGGGAGCGUUUUUGUGAAAAUACACAAGCUGGUGAAGGCAGAGUGUAUAAGUGCCUCUUCAACCAUAAAUUUGAAGAAUCCAUGAGUGAAAAGUGUCGAGAAGCACUAACAACCCGCCAAAAGCUGAUUGCCCAGGAUUAUAAAGUCAGUUAUUCAUUGGCCAAAUCCUGUAAGAGUGACUUGAAGAAAUAUCGAUGUAAUGUGGAAAACCUUCCUCGGUCCCGGGAAGCCAGGCUCUCCUACCUUCUGAUGUGUCUGGAGUCAGCUGUGCAUAGAGGGCGACAAGUGAGCAGUGAGUGCCAGGGGGAGAUGUUAGAUUACCGACGCAUGUUGAUGGAAGACUUUUCCUUGAGCCCUGAGAUCAUCCUGAGCUGUCGGGGGGAGAUUGAACACCACUGUUCUGGAUUACAUCGAAAAGGGCGAACCCUGCAUUGUCUGAUGAAAGUAGUUCGAGGGGAGAAAGGGAAUGUUGGCAUGAACUGCCAACAAGCGCUUCAAACAUUGAUUCAGGAGACUGACCCUGGUGCAGAUUACCGCAUUGACAGAGCUUUGAAUGAAGCUUGUGAAUCUGUAAUACAGACAGCCUGCAAACACAUAAGAUCGGGAGACCCAAUGAUCCUCUCAUGCCUGAUGGAACAUUUAUACACAGAGAAAAUGGUGGAAGAUUGUGAACACCGUCUCUUAGAGCUGCAAUAUUUCAUCUCCCGAGAUUGGAAGCUGGACCCUGUCUUAUACCGCAAGUGCCAGGGGGAUGCAUCUCGUCUUUGCCACACCCACGGUUGGAAUGAAACCAGUGAACUUAUGCCUCCCGGAGCUGUGUUCUCUUGCUUAUAUAGACAUGCCUACCGCACUGAGGAACAGGGCCGGAGGCUCUCACGGGAGUGCCGAGCUGAAGUCCAAAGGAUCCUACACCAACGUGCCAUGGAUGUUAAGCUGGAUCCUGCCCUCCAGGAUAAGUGCCUGAUUGAUCUGGGAAAAUGGUGCAGUGAAAAAACAGAGACCGGACAGGAGCUUGAGUGCCUCCAGGAUCAUCUCGAUGACUUGGCUGUAGAGUGCAGAGAUAUAGUCGGCAACCUCACCGAGUUAGAAUCCGAGGAUAUUCAAAUAGAAGCCUUGCUGAUGAGAGCCUGUGAACCCAUAAUUCAGAACUUUUGCCACGAUGUGGCAGAUAACCAGAUAGACUCUGGGGACUUGAUGGAGUGUCUGAUACAGAACAAGCACCAGAAGGAUAUGAAUGAGAAGUGCGCCAUUGGAGUCACCCACUUCCAACUGGUGCAGAUGAAGGAUUUUCGGUUCUCUUACAAAUUCAAAAUGGCCUGCAAGGAGGAUGUGUUGAAACUUUGCCCCAACAUAAAGAAGAAGGUGGAUGUGGUGAUCUGCCUGAGUACCACCGUGCGCAAUGACACUCUACAGGAAGCCAAGGAACACAGGGUGUCCCUGAAGUGCCGCAAGCAGCUGCGGGUGGAGGAGCUGGAGAUGACAGAAGACAUCCGUCUGGAACCAGACCUGUAUGAAGCCUGUAAGAGUGACAUCAAGAACUACUGUUCCACUGUGCAAUAUGGCAAUGCUCAGAUUAUUGAAUGUCUGAAAGAAAACAAGAAGCAGCUAAGUACCCGUUGCCACCAGAAGGUUUUUAAGCUGCAGGAGACAGAGAUGAUGGACCCAGAACUAGACUACACGCUCAUGAGAGUCUGCAAGCAGAUGAUAAAGAGGUUCUGUCCAGAAGCAGAUUCCAAAAACAUGUUGCAGUGCUUGAAGCAAAAUAAAAACAGUGAAUUGAUGGAUCCCAAAUGCAAACAGAUGAUAACCAAGCGCCAGAUCACCCAAAACACAGAUUACCGCUUAAACCCUGUGCUGAGGAAAGCCUGUAAAGCUGACAUUCCUAAAUUCUGUCAUGGUAUCCUGACUAAGGCCAAGGAUGAUUCGGAGCUAGAAGGUCAAGUCAUCUCUUGCCUCAAGCUGAGAUAUGCUGACCAGCGCCUCUCUUCAGACUGUGAAGACCAGAUCCGGAUUAUUAUCCAGGAGUCUGCUCUAGAUUACCGACUUGAUCCUCAGCUCCAGCUACACUGCUCAGAUGAGAUCUCCAAUCUGUGUGCUGAAGAAGCAGCAGCCCAGGAGCAGACAGGUCAAGUAGAGGAGUGCCUCAAAGUUAACCUGCUCAAAAUCAAAACGGAAAUGUGUAAAAAGGAAGUAUUAAACAUGCUGAAGGAAAGCAAAGCAGACAUCUUUGUGGACCCAGUUCUUCAUACAGCUUGUGCCCUGGACAUUAAACACCACUGUGCAGCCAUCACCCCUGGCCGAGGGCGUCAAAUGUCCUGCCUCAUGGAGGCCUUGGAGGAUAAGCGAGUGAGGUUACAACCUGAGUGCAAAAAACGCCUCAAUGACCGGAUUGAAAUGUGGAGUUAUGCAGCAAAGGUGGCCCCAGCGGAUGGCUUCUCUGACCUCGCCAUGCAAGUGAUGACAUCCCCGUCAAAGAACUACAUUCUCUCUGUGAUCAGUGGUAGCAUCUGUAUAUUGUUCCUGAUUGGCCUGAUGUGUGGACGUAUCACUAAGCGAGUGACACGAGAGCUCAAGGACAGGUAGAGCCACCUUGACCACCAAAGGAACUACCCGUCCAGUGCCCAGUUUGUACAGCCCUCCUGUAUAGUGUACCCACUCACCUCGUUCUUCUAAGAGGUGACACCAACACCCAUGUUAGAGCAGCAGCAGGUAUCCACUGCAUUGUCCCAUCUCAGACUUCGCCCAUGUCCAUGGUGUCCUCCUCCUUCUCGACCAUUUGUGCAGCAUCAGCAGCUGGCCGCUUUGGUUCUUGCCUUUGUUGGCAAACUUGGGUUUACCUGCCUAUAGACAAUUCUCUUUCAUACCAAUGGAACUACCAAUACUUCCAGAACCAACUCACCUGACCUGCAACUCAAGUGAUUUUAAAAAAAAAAAAAACACAAAAAAA